CGGUGUGCAGGCAGGCAGGGGACCCGACGGUGUAAUGUGGUCGGGGGGAGGGUUGAUCUGUCGACGAAGAACCAUUCGAGCGAUUUGGAACUUUAAACAGUUGUUAUGAAUGCGGUCGGACAGGCGAGCGUGACCGCGGUGUGACUUCAAGAGACGUCUUCACAGAAGAAGUUGUGCGCACACAGCGAGCUGCAGGAAAUAUACAUUUAGCAAUAAGGUUGUCACUGUCCCGUACGAGACGAUGUUUCUUUUUGCGCUCUGCCUAUACCUCGGGAAGUUGGUGUCGUCCGGUGUCAGUUUGGAGUUCCGUUAUCACAACACCGUGGAGGUGGAGAGAUACCUGCGGGACGUUAACAACACCUUCGACUUCACACACCUGCACAGUAUUGGAAAGUCUGUUGAAGGGAGAGACCUCUGGGUGCUCAUUCUGGGAAAGAAUCCGGCUGAGCACCAGAUGGGAAUUCCUGAAUUCAAAUAUGUUGGGAAUAUGCAUGGAAAUGAGGUGGUGGGCAGAGUUCUCCUGCUCCAGCUGAUUGAUCACCUGACCCGUGGUUACCUUAGCGACCCGCUGGUGACCCGCCUCCUGAACAGCACCCGCGUCCACAUCCUGGUUUCCAUGAACCCAGACGGCUUCGAGUCCUCCAGCAGAGACUGCAUGUACUCCCAGGGGAGGUUCAAUAAGAACGGCAUCGAUCUGAACAGGAACUUCCCAGAUGCCUUCUCUAAGAAGGAGAGUGGAAUGAGAGAAAUGGAGGUGAGAGCCAUUAUGGACUGGCUGAAGACUGAGAGCUUCGUCCUGUCGGCCAACCUGCACGGUGGGGCUGUGGUGGCCAGCUACCCCUACGACAACAGCAACGGAGGUAGUGAGCUGCAGAGUGGAUCCAGUGUUGCCCCCGACAACGACGUGUUGAUCCAGCUGGCUAAGACCUACUCCUACACCCACAGCAAGAUGCACAAGGGAGACCACUGUUACGACUCCAAGGACUUUAAGGAGGGCAUCACCAACGGCUACUACUGGUACCCUCUGCCAGGAGGGAUGCAGGACUAUAACUACGUGUGGGGCCAGUGUCUAGAGAUCACCUUGGAGCUGUCCUGUUGUAAAUUCCCUCCAGAGAGUGAUCUGCCUGAGCUCUGGGACGCCAACCGGGCCGCGCUGCUGGCAUACAUGCAACAGGUCCAUCUGGGUGUGAAAGGGCAGGUGAUGGACGCGGAGGGAAACCCAUCACAGAAUGCUCUGGUGGAGGUGGAGGGGAGACAGAACCUCUGUCCCUUCAGAACCGACCGCCAUGGAGAAUACUACAGACUGCUGCUGCCAGGCAACUACACCUUUAGGGUGACGUUCUCGGGCCACCAGGUGUUGACGGAGACGUUGACGGUCCCGUACGGUCCCGACUCAUUCUCGGCCCUCGUCCACAACUUCCAUCUGCAGAGGUCCGCAGCCGCCACCCCUGGCCCCAGCCCCCCCACCCAGUCCUGCACCCCACCCCAGGUCUGGAGGCCCCUGGGUGGCCACUCUCCCAGCCUGGGCCCCUCGGACGUCACCCUCCUCCUGGUGCUCCUGGUUCUCUGGGAUGCCGUGUUACUGUGACCGAGAGACGGGUCACGUCCCAAAUGGAACCUUAUUCCCUGUGUAGUGUAGGACUCUGGUCGAAAGUAGUGCACUAUAUAGGGGACAGGAUGCGAUUUGGGACGUAUCCAUGGAGACGGACAGACAGACUGACUGAGAUGGGAUCUCCCAGUCCAGAGACAAUCUCUUCUUUUUUUUUCAGUAUUUUUGUACAAACAAAGAAAAUCCUAUAUAUAUUUUCUUGUAACACUUUGCAUUGCUCUACCUUGCACAAACACGUGAGCCAUUUUGUGUUUUUAAAAAUGGUAUGUUUUGUAUUGAUGCUUUUUUAGGUUUUUUUUAAAUAUUGUGCUGAAAGAAAGCAAUUACUGCCAGCCAGCAAUCUGCCAUGCCAAGCUGAGAA